AAAGAAACUAUUCAAGAUGGCGGAAAAUAUUUGACUCUUGAGGAGCAUUUCCAUAGCCUUAAAAUACACCUCAUAUCCAGCUCUUCUGUGUGGAGUCAGUGCGAGAGAAAUGGGUCUCUUGUCAGAUGUUCGAGGACGGAAGAAAAUUGUGGAUGUUCUAGUAACUCAUUGCUCAAAGCUGUGUGUUCUCAGUUACAUUAUUGGUAUCAUCUGGCUGUGUGCUUUAUCUGAUCGCACAUUCAAUGGUCGUGUUUAUUUCUCUGAGAAUGCAUUGUUGCCUGGUUUGGUUGAAGCAGAAUUCAAGAAUCACAGACUUGCUUCAGAGUUAUUUGGGAAGUUAUCAACUCUUCCAGAGGGAGAUAUUAGCAAUGCUGCAUCACAGAUGAUCACAAACACAAUGGAAAACAUUGGUCUGUACACUUACCAACAGAACUUCACAGUUUACACACCAUUUCCUGGCAUUUCUGAGCCACGUGUGAUAAAUGGCGUAAACAUUUAUGGGAUUCUUAGAGCUCCCAGGAUUGCAGGCACUGAGGCACUGGUUAUCAGUGUUCCAUACAAUCAAGGGAACAAUAAAGGAGCCUUAGCACUAAUGUUGUCAUUUGCUGACCAUUGUAGAAGGAAAAGUUACUGGUCAAAGGAUAUCAUUUUUCUUGUGACUGAUAGAGAUCAACUUGGUAUGCAAGCUUGGCUUGAUGCAUACCAUGGUGUUACAAAUUCUUAUAUUUCUUCUGCUCCUCUUGAGGGACAUUCUGGUUCCAUACAAGCUGCACUGAACUUGGAAUUUCUGCAUGAGAAAGUGAACUUCUUUAAGAUUGCCAUUGAAGGAAUUAAUGGACAGCUUCCUAAUCUUGAUCUAGUAAAUACCGUGUUCAGGAUGUGUCGCAAAGAGCAUGUUCCAGUUUCUCUACACACAGAGGGAUAUCAUGAACACCUGGGACCCUGGGCAGAUUCUGUGCAAUCUCUUGUUACCAUGGUGAUAAUGAUGUUUUACCAGGCCUCUGGAAGGGCUUCUGGCAAUCAUGGCUUGUUUCACAGAUAUCGUAUUGAAGCUGUUACAAUGAGGGGUGGCGGAGAAACCUUUCAGUAUGGGCGUGGAUUUCAGGAGACUGGAAGAGUCAUUGAGGGUAUAUUCCGUAGCUUGAACAACCUCCUGGAGCAAUUUCACCAAUCAUUCUUCUUCUACCUUCUACCUGAGUCUAAUCGCUAUGUAUCAAUUGGCCUGUACAUGCCUCCCUUUGGCUGCCUUCUGUUAGGUCCUCUGAUCAUGGCUAUCGUGAUGUGGGUAUUAGCCGGGUCUGCUCCAGAAAAUGGCUCAAAAGUUGACACCUCACAAGACGAAGCAUCGAAGGAAGAAGCUAAAUUUAAAACAGCUGAGGUGGAAAGUCGUGAAGAAAAAAGUGGUGAUACUGAAAAGGAAAUCCCUAAUUUAGAAGUUGAGGUAGCAUUUUUGAAGUAUCCUCCUGACAUCGGAAGCGUCGUGCCUAUUGCCAUGGCAACACACGUGGCUGGUGUUGUAGUGUUUUAUUCUCCAGAGCUUAGUUAUAAACUGGGACAAGCGACAGGACUAGAUCCUUUGCUAUGUACAUAUGUUGGAAUGGCUUUCUCCUUCCUUGUGGUAGUACUUCUUCCUUUUAUCACAAGGUAUUCGAGUGACGUAAGCUCUCAUCAUGUGACCCUUCGAAGCCAUUAUAUGCUCAAAUGUGGAGCUUUGAUACUCUUCUCUGUUCUCAUGGGAGCAAUGGCGGCCAUAAAUUUCUCUCUGGCCUUUUUGGUUAGCAUGUUCCAAGUGCCUGUAUACCUGUUGGUGGCCCCUUGGGGGAGGAGGAGUCGCCGUCUUCUCCAAGCAGUGCUACUAGUUUUGGUAUCGCCGCCGAUGAUUCUAUUUCUCCUUUCGCUGGCCUAUAACGUAAUUGUCUCACAAACCGAAGCUAACAUCAACAUCAUACUUCAAUCCACUCUUACAACUGUCUACCAAACCGUGACGUCAUCAAUAAAAGAAGCCCGGAUGUUGGGCACGUGGUCCUUUGCGAUGACGUGUCUUGGGAUUUUGCCCAACUGGCUUAUGUUUUGGUGUUUAGCGUGGCGCUGAAAUAUGAACUAAAUUACCUAACGUCUUACGUUUGAUUCUUCAUGGGAACUCAGAAUGUUUUCUUUGUCUCGUGCUGGCGAUAAGAAGAAAUUAAAACUUCUUGGGAGUCUUUUCAAAUCCUUUUAAAGAUAUUUACCGGGAAAGUUCUGACUUAUGAAGUCAUUUCGAAACAUGGACAACUGGGUAACAGAAUCUGUGCUGAGAAAAUUUUUUUUUAUUAAAUUAGAGUCGUCUACCCAUUUACAUUUAAGAAGUUUGUUUUGUUUUAAGAUUAAAUCUUCUCCCUGAUACUAAAGCUUGUACGCUUUCACUACCAUUUUUACAUUUAAGAAGUUUGUUUUGUUUUAAGAUUAAAUCUUCUCCCUGAUACUAAAGCUUGUAAGCUUUCACUACCAUUUUUACA